AUGAAAAGUUUAAAUUACCGAUUUCCUCAUUCAAGGCAAGAUUCUGGAUAAAUGAAUAUAGCGAGAUCAUAAAUACCUUAAGGAUAAUAGGUGAUUAAUGUGUUGAAUAAGUAAUGAAGUAUGUAAAUCAAAAGCCGCUCAAAUGAAUAGAAUUGUGAUAGAUCACCUGCUCCUAUGGUACAUGGUUUACAAAAAUUCGCAGUACCAUCUAGCUAAUAAUCAUCAGCAAAUCAUUCGAAGAAGUCUUCGAUUUCAAAAUAAUAGUAACCAAAAUAAAUUGGUUUUCUUAACUACUUGAUUCUGAAGGAUAAAUCCUAAAUAAUACAGGAUGAAGAGAAAGAAAGUUAAGCUCUAUUGUUUAUAUUUAGAUAUUAAUGAGCCUGUAGUAUAAAAGAACAUGUUCAAUUUUUAAUUCGUAAUUGGGAUUGGUGGAUUUGGCAAGGUUUGGAAGGUGGAAUAUAAAAAGACUGGUUAGAUAUAUGCGAUGAAAGAAAUGUCCAAAGCUUUGUAUGUUAUGUGUCUAUAUUGUAGGAUUAUAGCCAAAAAAAGUGUUAAUUCAGUUAUGAAUGAAAGAAACAUUCUAAGUAAUCUCAAGCAUCCGUAAUUAUUUAAUCAAAUAUAGAUUUUUAGUUAACAUCUAUUAUGCAUUUUAAGACCGGGAAAACCUUUUCUUGGUGUUGGAUUACAUGCAGGGAGGAGACCUAAGAUAUCAUAUUGGAAAGAUGAGAAGAUUCUCGGAGGAUCAAACAAGUAAGAAUCCAUUUGAAUAUUCAGGAUUUUUUAUGGCUUGCAUAUUUUUAGGAUUAGAAUACAUGCAUUCUAAGAAUAGUCUUCAUAGAGAUAUCAAACCUGAAAAUUUGGUGCUUGAUAAAAAUGGUAAUACAUCAAAAUACAAUUUAGGUUAUAUUAGAAUAACUGAUCUUGGGAUAGCCAGAAUUUUAAGGCCUGAUAAUUCUUAAGACACUUCAGGAACUCCAGGAUACAUGGGUAAAUUCUUAGUUGAAUUUGUUAGCUCCUGAAGUCAUGUGUAGAUAGAACCAUUCUUUUGCUGUAGAUUACUUUGCUUUGGGAGUGAUUGGAUAUGAGUUUAUGUUAGGAAGAGUAAUUAUUGUUUCAUUAAUAAACUUAGAGACCUUACACUGGUAGAUCAAGAAAGGAAAUUCGAGAUUAGAUUCUGGCCAAAUAGGUGCAAAUAAAAAGAUCUGAGAUUCCCGAUAAUUGGUCAUUAGAAUCUGCAGAUUUUAUAAAUAGAGUAUAAUUCAUUAUACAUUAUAUAGCUAAUACAACGAAAGCCUGCAAAUCGAUUAGGAUUUAAUGGUCCUCAUGAACUGAGACAACACUCUUGGUUUAAGAAUUUUCCAUGGUAGAAAUUAAUGAAUAAGGAAUUGAAAUCUCCUUAUAUCCCAAAUGUAUUAUGCCUAAAUAAUUUAGUAAAAUGAGGAUAAUUUUGAUGCUAGAUAAAUUUCGAUUGAAGAUGAUGAAAACAAUGAGCUUAUUCAAUAGCAUUCAAUAAUGCUAAGGAGAAAUUCGAUAUAAUGUAUAUCUUUGAAUCUAAAAUAGCUUAAUUUUCUGGAUAUGAAAUGGAUAAUUUUAGUGAUAAACAGAACACAUAGUUUAAUAAUUUUUGA